UUUGUAACACCAGUGUCACGUCGGUUUGUCGGUGGGGGCAUGUCCGCGUAGGACGUUACGCCAAAUAGAAGAAGCAUUCCAAGGCCUUACUCCAUUAAUUGGUAGUAGAGUAGUCAGCCUAGUGAUGGGGAAAUUUUAAGUUUUCGUCGGAAUCGAUUCCAGCUAGCUCCGAAACGUUGUCUAGAAACGAUUCCGGAUAGUAGGUUCGGAAUCCAUUCCGGGAUCGAGGUCCGGAAUUGGAUCCAAAAUAGGCUCCAGAGACGGCUCCGAAAUCAGAAUCGGUUCCGAAAUUAGAACCAGUUCCGGAAUCAGAAUUGGCCUCGAAAUCGGGGUCCAGAGGCGGCUCUAAAAUCAGAAUCGUUUUCGAAAUUAGAUCCGGUUCCGGAAUCAGAAUUGUCCUCGAAAUCGGAGUCGGUGUUGGAAUCUCCGUAAGAAUAGACGUUCGGGUCGAAUGCUGAUGCUACGUAUUGAUAUCCGCAAAGAAUCCAAAAUGAUUUGUGAACGAUCCAUUCUCAUGGAGAUUCCCGGACUGAUUUCGUCUCUGAAACUUCUUCAAUUCAAUUCAAGAAAUGAUUCUCAUUCCCGGAGCUAAUUCCAAUUCUGGAGUCAAUUCCGAUUUCGUUUCCGGAACUAAUUGCGAUUUUCAUGUCGAUUCUGGUUCCAGGGCCAAUUCCGAUUAACGAAUUGAUUCCGGAUUCGGUGUGGAAUCCGGAAUCGGCGCUGGAAUCAACUCCGGUAUUGGCUCCGGUACCGGAAUCAUUUCUGACAUUAGAAUCGGCUCCGGAAUUGAUUCCGAACACGAAAUCGGAAUCGAGUAGGUCCAAUUCCGCGCUUUCACCCCAUAGCCCAGUCCGUAUCAUCAGCGUAGGCCAAGGUUUGGGAGAUACCUCCCCGAAAGUUCGGUGACUUUCAUAAACGGAGCAAAGUUUGUUGGAGCUCGUGAACAGACAAAUAGGAAAGGAGUAUCCUUGGAACCAUGUCAGCACAUCGCACUUAAUUGUAACAGGACCACUGAUCAUGUGGAGCAUGAAAAGAAAAGAAAAUAAGAAUGUAAAAACGGUUAAUUUGAAAUUUGUACGAAAAUAGCGCUUUGUUUACCUGUUUUUUCUUCUCUCGAACGAAACGUCAAAAGCAGCACAGCUGUGGAACAGAAACCAAAACAAAAAGGGGCUGAUUAAUCAGCUGGAUGGUUUCCUCGUUUCGUUGCUGAUUUGGCUGCUAGAGUGGUUAACAAAGUUCCUUCCUAUUCCUUUUCCCGAAAAUGGCGAGCGGUGGUGUGGAACCGAAUAUAAGCAAAUAUUUCGCCAAUGAUCCACCGAGCUGUUUCGAUAGUUUGACCGCCGGCGAAGGUCUCUCGCAGGGAGCAGUGGCGGAAGCGUACCUGUCCUACGACUACCUCGCCAGCAGCUCGAUGGACCUGCAAUCCCAACCCAACAUUCCGGACGGCGUGCGCGAUCUGUGGCAGCCGCCCAGACGGACGGCACCGGGUGGCCUGCCACCCGCCAACCUAACCAUGCCCGGCGUAAGCGUGGCGACCGAUCUGACCGAUCCGGUGCAGGACGCGGUCGGGUUGCUGGUCGACGCGAGCGAGGCGCAGCAGCGCAAGCUGCUCCUCCCGGACAACGUAACGCAGGACGAGCGGGGAUUGCGCGAGCUGAUAGAGAACGGGUGCUUCCGGUCGGCGGUGAACCUGACCGCCCGGUUGCUCACGAUCAAGCAGCAGGGGUUCGGGCACGCCGGGCAUCCGGUGAAGCACAGUCCCAACUCGCUGCAGCUCUGGUUCACCCGGCUGGCGCUGCUGGUAAAGCUCGGCCAGUACGAGAUAGCGCGCGUGGAGGCGGAACCGUUCGGUGCACUCAGCAAUCCGGACGUGUUUUACGAGUUCUACCAUCCGGACAUGCACGCGGACAGGAAGGGCUCGAUGGCACCGUUCUCCUUCCGGCUGCUGCUUGCCGAGCUGCCCGUCUAUCUCGGUGCGCCACGUGUCGCGCUCGAUCGGCUGACCGAUCUGUUGGCGGUGGUGCAUCAAAUCCGCUGCUACUUCGAGCGAACUGCCGGCCUGCCGAACGGUGCCGUGCCCCAUGCGCAGGAAGCGUUCGGCUUUUGGACCGCGCGCGAAACGCGCGUCCUGCAUUCCAUCGUGAACUGUGCGCUGGCGGUGAAAGAUUUCGGGCUGGUCGAGCAGCUCAUGGAACGGCUGGCCGGGGCAGCGGCCAACCCGCAGAAGCGCAUACUCCUGUCUGCCUGGGGCCGGAUGCGGCUGCAGUGUGGCGAUAUGGCGGGUGCGGAGAAAAAGUUUGCCGAAGCUCGAAGGCUCAAAGAGGAGAAAGCCUCCGAGGUGCCGGAUCUGAUCGACCGGGGGCUGCUGGCCGUCGCCCAGAACGAUUUCCAGAGCGCAUUUGAGCUGUUCCAGAAGGCGUCGGCGGCCGCGCCCUCCAACACGAUGCUGUACAACAACAUGGGCGUGUGUUUGCUGUACUCGGGCAAGCUGAAGGAGGCGAUCAAGCUGUACGAGGGCGCAAUCGAGCGUAACACCAAGGCUUGUCUGAACGAGUCGCUGCUCGUGAACCUGUCCACGCUGUACGAGCUGGAGUCGAACCAUGCGAAGGAGAAGAAGAUUAAGCUGCUGAAGCUGGUCAAUCGGCACCGGGCCGACCUUACGGUCGGGCUGGACGUUUGUCUCAAGCUGCAGACGACUGUGUAGGCGGGCGGCAAGGGCUAAGUGAUGCAGAGGAUAAAGACAAUUAUAUUUAUGCUUUGUAGGCAGCCGUAGUGACGCAAUAUAGAACUGUUUUUUUAGGUUUAAAUAUUAAUUUUAAAAGGCUUCAAAAGGUAUUUGGUUCGUAAGUAGACAAGGUAGAAAUCCAGCUAAUGCAAUUAAGAUUGAUCAUGUGAAAGGAAUGGAAAGGAAGAGAAAAAAAACAUCUGUGCUUAUAAAGUAUUCAUAAUAAAGAAAAAGGACUAAAAAUAAGAAAGCCAACGCUCUCGAGUG